UCUAAAUCGAAAAGCUUGUCUCGUCUUGAAUCACUGUGUGAAGCACCUGUAUAACAGAUAACCCAAAAUCUUAUAUAUACUAAUUUAUUCAAAAAAAUAAGAAACAGAAAAAAAGUAGAAUGGCAGAUGCGGUUGCGAAUGUGUUUCUGGAAACCCUUCGUAAUUUGGUGGUUGAAGAAACUAAGUUUUUGCUUAGUGCAGGCGCUGAUGUUCAGAAAGUGAAAGGCGAUUUGGAAAGCAUACAUGCGUUGUUGAUGAAAGCAGACAGAGAGAGACGAGAUUCUCCAACUCUUAAGAGCUCCAUACGCCAACUCAAAGAUCUUGCUUUCAAAGCUGAGAAUCUGCUUGAAACGUAUGACGUUGAGGUUCAAUCCAAAAGGCAUGGGCAGAAGAGCCUCAAAGAAAAAUUCCAAAGGUACAUUUGCAUCAUUGGUGAGUGUUGCAGUAUCCACGAAGUAGGAAAUGAGGCUCGCGACAUAAUAUCUGCCCUGGCUGACCUCACUAAAAAGUUAGAGUCGGAGUUGGAUCAUCAAGGCUCAUCAUCUCAUUCCAAGCAGGAAGCUGAGCAGCAGCGUCUGUUGAGACAGACGUAUGCUCAUGAGGUUGAGCAUGAUUUUGUGGGCAUGAAGAAAGACAUCCAGCUUUUGGUCUCCAAGGUGAAGGAUGAAACAAGAAAGAGACGAGUAGUGAAGAUAUAUGGGAUGGGUGGUCUCGGAAAAACUACUCUUGCCAGAAAGGUGUACAACCACGCAGACCUCCAAUCUUAUGCCCGAGCAUGGGUUUGCAUCACCCAACAGUUUCAACCUAAGGCCAUUUUGUGCAAGAUUUUGAAAGAACUUGAUAGCAGUGUAACAAAGAUUGAAGACUUGGAAAUUGAGGAUUUGGUGACAAAAAUUCAUAGUUUAUUGGAGAUGAAGAGGAAAUGCCUGGUGGUGAUGGAUGAUAUAUGGGAAGAUGAUCACUGGGAGAUCAUAAGGCAAGCUUUUCCGGUGAAUUGUGAUGUCAUUCUCACAACUCGUUCUCAGGAUAUUGCUAAUCAACAAUCCGAACCUCACACGCUGGAAUUUCUAACAAAAGACGAAGGUUGGACUUUACUUCAAAAAGUAGCAGAUAUUUCUCCAGAUGACACGGAUUUAAAAUCAUUGGAAGAUAUUGGAAGAAAAAUUGUAUCAAAGUGUGAAGGAUUACCACUAUCAAUUUGUGUUCUUGGAGGGAUUUUGCGCAAUAAAGUACACACACAAUGGAUAGAGGUAAAUCUGAACAUGGAAUCACUUUUGAAGCAUGGAAAAGGUGUUGGAAUAUAUGAAAAAGUAAAUCAGGAGUUGGAGUUGAGCUACGAUGCCUUACCUUAUUACUUGAAACCAUGCUUCCUCUAUUUAGCAUGUUUUCCUGAGGAUGACAUUAUUCGUACAGAGGAACUGUAUUUAUUGUGGAUGGCGGAAGGCUUCAUUUCCUACCAAGAUAAAGAAGCUAAUGAGACUCUAAGAGAUGUGGCUCAAAGAUAUCUAAUAGAACUUGGUAUGAGGUGUAUGGUUCAACUGCAUGAAGUUGACACCUUCACUCCACUUACGAAAUUUGUUUCGUGUGGGCUUCAUGAUUUAAUGCAUGAACUCUGUUCUUCUAAAGCAGAAAAGGAACAGUUUCUGAUGCGCAUUGAUGCUUCCAAAUAUCUAACCGACAUUCUUUUACCAACUCGAAUAGCCAUCAGUUAUGACCCCAGUAGUAACCCAAGUAUAGAUGGGUUAAAGGAAGUUAGAGGUCUUAGAUCUAUUAUUGUUCUCCCAAAACACUAUUGUUCUAUACCAACCAUGGGCUUCAAAGAGAGUAUGGUUAACUUUAAGAUGUCGCGAUACUUGAGGAUAUUUGUGGUAGAAGGUUGUAAGUUUGAAGGGGAGAAAUUACCAAGCAAGGUGGGUGAACUAAUUCAUUUGAGAUACUUGAGUUUGUGGGGUUCUAAUGUGAGAGAGCUACCAAAGUGUAUAUGCAGCCUGCCAUACUUGCAGACCUUAGAUUUGCGAGUAUCAGAUGAUAUUAAAUUGCCAAAUGUGAUAUGGAAGAUGAAAAGACUAAAGCAUCUAUUUCUCGAUAAUGGAAUAGAAGUGAUUGGAGGGGAGAAACUAAAACUAGGUGGGCUACAAGAGUUGGAGACGUUAGAUAAGAUCAGCAGUGAGACAGCUUGCAUUGCAGAUAUCCCUACAUUGAUUAGUCUACAGAAGAUGGGUGUUGAAGUUCGUGAUGUGGAUGUGGAUAACAUGUCAAUUGUAUUGAACAACAUAAACAGCCAAUUACGUGAGAGUCACCUUUCAGUUGACUCAUGUGAUUUCAGUUCUGAGAAAGGUAGAGAGGUUUUGAAUCACGGGAUGAUGUCUCCUUCGUUGGUUAGUUUGGAUAUAUGGAGUUGCAUUAUGAGUAGCAGUUUUCCAUACUACAAACCAGAGAUGUGUCAGAAUUUAAAAGAGUUGCGGCUUAGAGAUUGCAAGGUUAAGGUAGAUGUGAAGGACUUUGGCAAGUAUCCCAUGUUGCAACAUCUAUGGUUAGAAAUAGUCGAGACGGAAGAAACAUUAACUUGCCACUCAAAUUCAUUUCCACGACUCGAGCAACUUCGAUUACGGAAUUUGCACGAUUUAAAGGUAUGGGAAGCAGAAGAAGGAGCAUUGCCAAAACUUGAAUUCUUGAGUAUUGAUGGAUGCCCCAAUUUGGAGAAGCUUCCACCUCCUCUCUUCGAGUGAUGAGAAUGAAGAAUAUGCCAAGAGAAUUCAUGGAGAGAGUAAAUGAAGAAGAUUAUGGGCCAAUUGUCAAGAAGAACAUUGAUAUGGAUAAGGUCUACAAAGAAUAAGAAGUGGUCGAAGAAAAAGCAGUGGUUGAAGCAAAGGUAAUCAAUUUGUGAGCAUACAUUCUAUACUUAAUGCUACUCCAUAUACCAUCUUCACCUUGUGCUAUUUCUUUUUCAGAUGAUAACAAAAGUUUGAUUCCCAGUGAAGCCUCUCUACACUUUCUUAUUCGCAUUUAUUUGCUCAAUUCAUACUCCAUCAAAACUUUCUUGAUUUUGUUUAUGUACUCUCGUUUUAAUAAUUAGGCUCUCCAGCGCACCUCCCGACUCACCACGAUCAACACCUGGGAUCGGCUCCAACGCAUCUGCUCUGUUGUAUGUCUUGUUAUCGAGUCGGUUAUUUAUUUCCAUCCGGGUUUUCUUUGUGGUUCUUUCCCGGAUCAGAUUACGAGAGUUGAACCACAUAGGAUUAGGUUUGUUUUUCCAUUAUAAAAGAGUCUUGUUGUUUCCAUUAAGCAAUAACAGCUUAUCUUUUUAAAACUCUAAACUCUCUCUUAUUCCUCCAUGUGUGUAUUAUAUAUCCUCAUGAUAUUCUACUAAUUUGUUUUAUUGUU